AUGCCCGACCCGUUCUUUUCUUCGUCAAAACCCAAAAAGCGCAAGCGUUCAGACUCCAGUGGUCCCUUGUCGGCGAAGAAAGUUUCCCGUAAAUCUUCAACAACACGCGACGGCAAGAAACAAGCCACGACAAAAGUAUAUGGUCCUUCCAAGAAGAGACUUGAUGAGGAACUGUCGGACAAAACGGAUGAUGAUGAGGGAGGAGUGGAUGAUAUGGAUCUGCGUGUGGAGGAAGUAGAUCCAGGGGCGAGCGGUGACGAAGAUGAAAACGAAACGCCGGCCGAGAAGCGUCUUCGCCUCGCUAAGCUAUAUCUGGACAAUUUGAAGACGAAUUUAGCGGAAGGGGAGUUUGACGCCGCGGAAAUCGACAGGGAACUUAUUUCAUCUCGACUAAAACAGGACGUCCUCGAGCACUCCGGAAAAGUCCACCUUUUCAUCGCGGAUUCGUUUGACUUUACCCAACCUCCGCAUGCUACCCUUCGCACACAAGGCCAUCGGUUUUCGGUGACCUCAGCAGUCGCCUCAGAAUCAGGAAAAUACCUUUUCACGUCCGGAAAAGAGGGUCACAUCAUCAAAUGGGACUUAGCUACUGGAAAGAAAGUUGCGGCGUUUUACAAAGCUCGUCCAGCAGAUAGAAAAGGGAAGGGAAAAGCUCCACCAGAUCCGGAAAUCAAAGGGCACACGGACGAAGUUCUGUCGUUAGCUAUCAGUGGGGAUGAGAAGCUUCUCGCGAGCUCUGGGCGUGACAAGAGGGUGUGUGUUUGGGAUACGGAAAAGGGGGAAUGGAUAAAAGCUUUCUCUGGACAUUUGGGGCAUAAGGACGCGAUUUCGGUCGUCGCUUUUCGGAAAGGGACAAAUCAGCUCUACUCCGCCUCCUUCGAUCGUACCCUCAAAGUCUACGACCUCUCCCCUUCGGUGAUGGGAUAUGUCGAAACGUUGUUUGGACACCAAGAUUUUGUCUUCGGGUUGGAUGCACUACGCGGCGAGACAUGUAUCAGUGCCGGCGGGCGAGAUAAAACUGUGCGGUACUGGAAAAUUGUCGAUGAAACUCAGUUGGUUUUCCGUGGCGGAGGGCGCAGCCGCGUACGCGAGGUGUUGGAAGGUGGUCUUCGAGCAGAUGACGAGGGUGACGAUGUAGACGUCGACGGCAUGGAGCUCAUGCCGAAAGCCAAAGGAAAAGAACGGGAAAGCAAGAAGUUCGAGGAAGGCAGCCUGGAAUGUGUUGCAAUGAUAGACGAGACGACGUUUGCGAGCGGAGGAGACAGCGGGUCGAUAUGCUUAUGGAGCACACUCAAGAAAAAACCGAUUUUCACGCAACCGCUUGCACAUGGGCUCAAUGAAGUGCUUUCAGAAUCAGAAGGCGUCGUCCAGACACCGAGAUGGGUGACGGCACUGGCGAGUUUACGGUACUCUGAUCUGAUAGCUUCUGGUUCUUGGGAAGGAGACGUUCGAAUAUGGAAGCUCGACUCCAAGCUAAAAUCGUUCAGUCUCGUUGGCAAUGUCCCGAUACCUGGUGUCAUCAAUUCACUGCAAUUGCUCAGCAUGCCAAAGGGCUUCCUGGACACUACUUCGUGGUCCCGAGAUGCCUCAGCAGACCCACCACACACAGCGAAGCAUAAACUCCAUCCUAUUUCCUCCAUCCUCCUCGUCGCGGGCAUUGGACAGGAGCACAAAUACGGAAGAUGGAUUGGUGUGAAGGGAGCAGGCGCGCGUAAUGGAGCGGUGGUCGUAGGAUUCUCACCGCUGACUACGCCUUCUAGUUGA